CGCGCCCGGAGCCGGAGCUGGAGCCGGAGCUGGAGCCGGAGCCUCGCGGCCUCUGUCCCAUGGCCGAGUCCGCCCGCCGCGCCGUGGGCAGGCGGCUUCAGCUGCCCUUGCUGUGCCUCCUCCUCCAGGGCGCCACCGCAAUCCUCUUUGCGGUCUUUGUUCGCUACAACCAUGAAACCGACGCUGCCCUCUGGCACUGGGGCAACCGCAGUAACUCGGACAAUGAAUUUUACUUUCGCUACCCAAGCUUCCAGGACGUGCACACCAUGGUCUUCAUCGGCUUCGGCUUCCUCAUGGCCUUCCUGCAGCGAUACGGCUUCAGCAGCGUAGGCUUCACCUUCCUCCUGGCAGCCUUCGCCCUGCAGUGGGCCACACUCGUCCAGGGCUUCUUUCACUCCUUUCACGGUGGCCACAUCCACGUUGGCGUGGAGAGCAUGAUCAACGCCGACUUCUGUGCUGCGGCCGUGCUUAUCUCCUUCGGGGCCAUACUGGGCAAGACGGGGCCGGCUCAGCUACUGCUCAUGGCUCUGCUGGAGGUGGUGCUGUUUGGCACCAACGAGUUCCUGCUCCUUAGUCUCCUGGGGGUGAGGGAUGCAGGAGGCUCCAUGACUAUCCACACCUUCGGUGCCUACUUCGGGCUGGUCCUCUCACGGGUCCUCUACAGGCCCCGGCUGGAAAAAAGCAAGCAUCGCCAGGGUUCCGUCUACCAUUCAGACCUCUUUGCGAUGAUUGGGACCAUCUUCCUGUGGAUCUUCUGGCCUAGUUUCAACUCUGCACCCACCACGCUGGGGGACGGACAGCAUCGGACAGCCCUCACCACGUACUACUCCCUGAGCGCGAGCACCCUCAGCACCUUCGCUGUGUCAGCCCUUGUCGGGGGGGAUGGGCGGCUGGACAUGGUCCACAUCCAGAAUGCGGCUCUGGCUGGAGGGGUUGUGGUGGGGACAUCCGGUGAAAUGAUGCUGACACCCUUUGGGGCUCUGGCAGCUGGCUUCCUGGCUGGGACUGUCUCCACGUUGGGGUACAAGUUCUUCACGCCUGUCCUUGAGUCAAAAUUCAAAGUCCAAGACACAUGUGGAGUCCACAACCUCCAUGGGAUGCCUGGGGUCCUGGGAGCCCUCCUUGGGGUCCUCGUAGCCGGGCUGGCCACCCAUGAGACUUACGGAGAUGGCCUGGAGAGCGUGUUUCCGCUCAUAGCAGAUGGCCAGCGCAGUGCCACGUCUCAGGCCAUGCACCAGCUCUUUGGGCUGUUCGUCACACUGAUGAUUGCCUCUGUGGGCGGGGGUCUUGGAGGGCUCCUGCUGAGGCUGCCCUUCCUGGAUGCCCCCACAGACUCUCAGUGCUACGAGGACCAGAUUUACUGGGAGGUGCCGGGGGAGCAUGAGGAUGAAGCGCAGGGACCUCUGAGGACAGAGGAACCAGACACACAGGCCUAACUUGCUUCCAGCCCUUGAGACGACGCUCUCCUUUAUGACGACCACCAGUGACUGGCUACCGUCCCUCCUGCUGCAAGAAAUAAAUCUUGGGCCAGAA